GGAGUCCGCCAGAGACUCCUCUCAAUCCCACAAUCCCAGCAGACCAAGUUUGUAUUUAUUUGAAUGGUCCUGGCUUCGCCCAGUUUGUGAAUGUGCAUUCAAUUUUAGCUGUCAUCUUUCUAUCGUACUGUUCCUGGUGUUACAUCGACACGUUAUCAUCCUGGGAUAUUGCUAUAGAAAGCAGAGGAAGCUAAGCUAAGUUUACAAAAAUGUCAUGGUAAGGUACUUGAUUAUAAAGAGCAGACCAGACUAGAGACUAGGCAGCCAUAUGUUAUUGUCUAAGAUAGUUCUGGCUAGUUAGCUGCAUUGUUAAACAUUGCUUAACAGCUUGUUUGGCCGUUUGGACAGGGAAGUCUAUUAUAGGUCUUAGAGGAGCAGCUGGUGGGACGUGCGGUUACAUAGUGUUUUCGCUGAAAUUGUGAUUUGCCUUCUGUUUGUGUAACUUAGGAAGCUAAUUAGCAAGCUAACGAAUGAGACGGAGGCCGUAACGUUACAUGACUUUAACGUUAGCUUCUUUCGUCUAGUUAGCUAGUUAACCUAGGUUAGUUAGCUGACUUCUUGGGUAUUACUUAAUAGUGUGGUACGUGUUAUUAGCAACUGUUAGUUUAUAUAAGGACCAGGUUGAAACCCGUUAUGCUUUUUUGCCCGUGGCCGCUAGCUUCACGUUAGCCGGAGAGCUAGCUGUGCUUGGAAACUCCUGUACUUAAGGCACCGCUAGUGCUAGCUCUUGUGGCUAGCUAGGUUAGCUAAGCCGAUGCUUAGUGCAGGUGAUAACAGAUUUUUUAGAUUUUGCAUUAUUCAUGUGUGCCAAUGGAAGCGAUAUCCUUCCAACAAAAAAUGUGAUAUAUUUUUGAAUUAACGUUUCAGGUGUUCAAGUGUUCUAUCUUCCGUUAUUCCGUAGACGUGUUAAUCCGAGGUAGAGGCGCUCAUGUCGGAUGUUUGAAAGCUAAUGUGUUUUGUAAUACCAUUCGUAUCAAGAGCAUUUGAUAAACUUUGUCUUACCUUUGUGACAAUGAGAGUAGGUUAACUCUCUUCCAGAGUUGGGCUAAAUACUGUAAAAAGUAGUGAUGGCUGAAAGCUGAAUACACUGUUCCAAAUGUAUUCAGUAACAUUCUAUAUUACAAUACGUAAAGUAAUGUAUCAUGAAUACAUUUAAAACAGGUGUUGAUAAGGCUCUUAGAGGAAAAACUUGUCAAUUUUACUGGAUCCAUGUUGUUUCCCCAUUGCAACUGGUUUCCUUCAUGUAGUCCAAUAUGUUUCAGCUCCGCUUUCAAAUUCAACCGUCAUUUAAAUGAAGUUCUGAAUUUCUGAAACUUUUUUGUUUUUCUCCACCCCCCCCCCCCCCCCCCCCCCCCAUCUUUGCCUGCUUCUGUCCCCUGCUGCUUCCAUAAUCCUCCAAGCAUCUCCCAAGAGCUCAGUAAUUCUGAGAUAAAUAACUUUCUUAUCACUUUGAGGCCUCAAGCUUUAACAGGAACCUUAGUGUUUGUAAAGAAGCCUUCAACUGAGGACAUCUUUAGAAUUUGUCUAACAAGCAUGUUUACUACAUGUUAUGUGCUGAUUUUAAGCUGACUUUUAUAUAGCAAAUAAGCAUUUAUGUUAUUUUUUUGAAGACUUUUUAGUGGAAUCCCUGAUUAUGGCCACUGGAAAUCAUGUUGGGAAUGAUGAAGAAAUUCACCGGCUCAAGCAGGCCCAGUCCCUUGAUCUUUUCAAACACAAGAGCUGUCUUGAAGAUGAAAAGAACAUGAAGGAGGUGGAUUAUUUAAAUAAGGAAGAAAUAGAUAAAGAAAGAUUUCCAGUGGGUCGUUGUGCACACAAUUACGGCAAAGCAAAACGAGUGGUGAGCAAGAAAACACAACAUUCAGCGGUGGGCUCUGGUGUACGCCGGAGAGAACCUUUAGCACGCAGGUCCUCUGACAUGGCAAACAAAGAAAAUGAGCUGACAUGUGCUGAAGAUGUACAGGGUAUUCGCUAUAAUGACAACUGUGGGUUCCCUGUGAACUCGACAGAAGCCUCGAAAAUGGCAGGAGCUGGCUCCAAAUAUAGUGACUACUUUACUGAGUUAUCAAAGGACCACGAUGCAAUGACUCAUGUGCUCUUCGGAAGGAACCUCAGAUUAAAUGUUGCUUUGACACUUUGGCGAAGAAGUGCAAGUGAAUUAGUGGCUUACUUGAUCAGAAUACAAGACAGAGGCGUCCUUGUUGACUGCCUACCUGUACUUACUAAAAGCCUUCAAGAAGAACAGCCAUGCAUAUCUAUUGGCUGCUGUGUGGACCUUUUACCACAAGUGAAGACAAUUCUACUCAGUAAAUAUGAAGAGCACCUCAUUGUGGCUUUACACUGGGUUCAAUCGGUCAUUAAGAAAUGGUGGCCUGAGCUCUAUUCAGAUGGCAAAAGGUUGCAAGAUGGCUGUUCAGAUGACAGGAAUGUUCAGGCCAUGAGAAGGCAGCUGCUUGAACUCUGGGAUGAGAAGAGUCAACUAACAUCAGUCCCCGGAGCCGUGGGUGAAAUAACCAAGGCUAUUGAGUCAUAUCUCUCACAAUUACGGUGAUGUAUCAUAUGUAGCACACUGAGGAAACGACCACUAAACGCACUUGCUGCAGAUCUCUAAGCUGCUCCUUGAGAAACUGCAGCCAAAAUGAACUGAAUCUUUCUAUCACUCCAGAUGAGGAAACUGGUGAAUGGGGAGAUAGAUGAACUGAACAAUUCAGACACUCCCUGCAUCAGAACUGGAGACAUUUCUUAAAGGGUGAAACCCUUCCUGCAAAACUUUGAAUGACUGCUUCACAUUGAAGUGGACUUUAUUGCUUAGUGGCACACAUUCACCUCCAUGAGACUGUAUGGAAUCGGGCAACUCACAGAAGUGCCAAGCAGAAGUUUUAGCUGUCACACUUGUAGUGCCAUGGUGUGCAUCUACUGAAAUGGAUGUGAUGUGAUGUGAUGUAUCAUGUCUUUGGGCCUCUGACACACCGACUUUCAGUGAAGAAUUUGAAGUCCAGCAGUCUUAAAUUAUUAGAGCGCUCAGUGUUUUUUUUUUUUGUUUUUGUUUUUUUUUUUGCCUGUUCAUGCAUGAAAUGUUUGAGUGUGUGUGUGGGUGUGUGUGUGUGUAAAAAUGGUGAUUUUCUUUUAAUCAACUUCUGAAUAAAUUUUCAAAAUCAGCCAA